UUGAUUGAGCGCUAAGUUUUUGUUUAAACUAAUAGAGAAGGUAUAUAAUAUGCGAAAAAUGUAUUCAAAUGUCACAAGGAAGAGGUGUGGUUGAUUAGCGGUAACAGAGAUAACGACCUGACGGUAUAUUUUAGAGGCGAUAACUGUGUAAAAUUUGAGGUUAUUGUUGGCUGCCACAUAUUUCAUAAAUUGUUGUCUGCUGCGAAAAGAUGGCUGCGCUCAAACCCGUUUGUUCGCUGUGUGGUAAAAUAAGGUUAUUUACCAGUAUUACCAGAAAAUCAUACAUUCAAAUUUACAGAAGUUCAUCCACGGAAGCAAAACAGAAGCCAUUGGUUUGGGAGCCGGUGAUUGGUUUAGAAAUUCACGCCCAGAUCCAAGCAGACAGCAAGCUUUUCUCGAGGUCCAGUGCCAAGUUUGGGUCUCCUGUAAACUCCCAGGUGGCCUUUCUGGAUGCAGCACUGCCAGGAACUCUUCCUGUGCUGAACAGGCGAUGUGUUGAAGCAGGUGUGGUGACGGCUCUAGCACUGCAGUGUCAGCUCAACAAGGUGUCUAGAUUUGACAGAAAACACUACUUCUACGCUGAUCUUCCAGUUGGUUACCAGAUCACCCAGCAAGACCAUGCGCUGGCUAACAAUGGGGUGUUCCGCUACACAGUUUUCGGUCAGCAGGACUCAGACAUGGUGGAGAAGACAGUGGACAUCUUCCAGUUACAGCUCGAACAGGACUCGGGCAAGAGUCUUCAUGAUGAACUGGACAGGCAGAGUUUGAUUGACCUCAACAGGGCAGGUUGUGCUCUGAUGGAGAUAGUGACAGCUCCGGGGUUUAGCAGUGGAGAUGAUGCUCGCUCAUUUGUGCGUGACAUGCGACAACUGCUAAUCACUCUUGGCACCUGUGAUGGAAAAAUGUCAGAGGGUUCACUGCGAGUGGAUGCUAACAUCUCGGUGCACCGCCCCGGGGAGCCCCUGGGUGUGAGGACAGAGGUCAAGAACCUUAACAGCAUGAGAAGUGUCAGGAAAGCCAUAGAUUAUGAAAUAAUAAGGCAGAUAGGCAUUCUGGAAAUGGGAGGGGAGGUUGUCAACGAGACACGCUCCUUCGAUGUUGAGACCAGUGAGACUGUUCCAAUGCGAGAUAAGGAGGUGAAGCAGGAUUACCGCUUCAUGCCGGAACCAAACCUCCCUCCACUUAGACUCUACCACAGCAUUGACCUCGCCAAAACUGACCCUGACAUUUGGAAGUCAAAGAUCAUCAUUGACGACCUUGAAAGGUCAAUGCCAACGUUGCCUAGAGACAAGAAACAACAGCUUAUGGAUAGAUAUGGCAUCAGUCUGUACCAGGCCACCUUUAUUGUGGGUGAGAAUCUGGAGGGGGUAUAUGAGGAGUUGGUGGUAGGACGGGACGCCGCAAGGUUCACCCAGUUCUUCAUAUCCGAGUUUAUAUCCAAGCUGCGCGCCCUCGAUCUCACCUGGGACAUGUGUGCCGUCCCCUCGACCAGAAUUGGAGAGUUGUUCGACCUGAGAGACGUCAAUAAGGUUUCCCCCACUAAUGGACAAUGGGUGCUGAAGGCAAUGUUGACUGACCCGGAAGUGCGGCCUGCGGAGUGGGUGGAGUCCCGGGGGCUUUGGCAGAUCACCGACAUCGACGUCCUGACACGCGCAUGCCGGACGGCUAUCGAGGAUAACCCCAAUGCUGCCCGGAAAUACCUUCGAGGGAAAGCGCGGGGAAUGGCCACGCUGAUGGGGGCCGCCCGUCGGGGGACGGAGAACCGGGCGGACUCAUUAACGCUCAACCGGAUGCUGAGGCAGAUGUUGGCGGACAAGGCAGAGGAGGGCGGGAAUGAUGCGGAUAGCAAGGGGAAAUAACAUCGCCUGUGCGAUAGUGUAGGUGACGUUGGAGAAUGGUGGGGUUCAUGUUUCAUGGUGCUGAGACUGAAAAGACUUGGUGGCAUUUAAUAAAAGACUAGUUCCAAUGUCAUAAACCAAGUCACCUACAAGUGUAAAGAAGCGCGUACAUUAUUGUUUGUGAUUCUGAAACGGUGGUUAAAAAGUGUUAAGUUUGUCGACAUUUGCUGUUAAUUUAUUGAAACAUACAUAAUAUUCCAUUUCGUAUGAUUAUGCAGCUGAAUACAACUGCUAAAAUGAA